UGGUAGGAGUAGUGGCCAUCUGACGUUAACUGGGUGGUCUCUGUAGCUGAUGGCUGCAUCAUGAUGGGGUCGCCGCCGGCCUCUGUUGGAUGAUGUCACAAGGUUAGUGUCAUGCACGGAUGUACCGUUGGUGUGACGGCCAGUCCGACUUGCGUGCGACUCCUUACUCACACGCGGGGCUCUCAUUCCACCACACUCAGGGCUCUCACCUCUCUCGUCAGACUGCAGCUGGGCCUCCAGGUCCUCCGGGGAGACGUAGAAGUCCUGGUCCUGGCCCUCACGUGGUCGUGGCUUGCAGCGGCCGCAGCAGCAGUUGCAGCAACAGCAGAGGCAGCAGCAGAAGUAGCAGCCGGUGGCCAGACCGCAGAAGACAAAGAGCGCCUGUGGAGACACGCCACAGCAUCAGGGAGCGUCAAAUCUGCCGGACAGGCCGGACCUCACCUUGGCCCACCAGCUGGACAAGACAAAGUAGGUGUUGACGUUCUCCUCUCCGAACUGCUCGGCCACGUAGAGGCCCAGGGAGCCAUACUUGUCGUAGAUGUUGCGUUUAGUGGGAUCGUUCAAGAUGGCGUGAGCGUUGUUGAUCUCCUUGAACUUGUCGGCCGCCUCGGGAUUGUCGGGGUUCUUGUCGGGAUGGAACUUCAGCGCCAGUUUUCUGGGGGUCGGGAGAAGAAUCUCUUCAGGUCAUGUGGACUGAAUGAGGGCGUGUCCCCGGGCUCACGCUCACCUAUACGAUCUCUUGAUGUCGUCGCCUGUCGCCAGCUUCUCCACUCCCAGCACAUGGUAGAGCGACUCCCCAGCAGUGGAGAGGGAACGCUGCCUCUGGUGGUCAGCCAUGAUUUGCUCAGUCCAAGAGGCUGGAAGCAAACAGCGGUCAUUCGUUAUCCUCAACAUUAUCCCACCUUUGGUCCAGCCUCAGGAACGUUACAUAUUUCAGUUGCAAUAUUGAAGUGACUGGGCACCUAGUGUGGAAGUGAGGUUCCAGCUUCAGUGCCGGCUCAUAAAUCAGCCCAGACGUUUGCUGGACAGAAGCUCAGGCCCAGCACCAGAUCAGUGUCUUUGUAGCCGUUUAGGCCAACGUACUUCGACUGGUGGAGAAGGAACGUCUGGAAGGUGCCUGGAGCCUGCCCCAUCUGGCAGAGUGCGAGGGGGUCUCACAGCGGGCCCCGGGACACAGGGAAGCCCAAAUCCACUGGCACGCUCCAUCACAUCCGACUGCUGAGUGUGAGACAGGGUUGGAUGUGUGUGUGUGUGUGUACAUGUAUCACACAUCCAUGGAUCCUGCACACAGCAGGUGUGUGCCACACGCAACUGGCACCUAUAUAUGUGUGUGUGUGUGUAACAUGUACACAUGCAUGUCGUCGUUUCCCCUCGCCCCCCAUCGAUGCUGACGCCAGUCAAACGCCCCGGCAGCUUCUUCUCACGUCUAAUGUUCGAAUCCUGAUGUUGAAUUCAGACGUCAAUCAAAGGAUUAGGGAGUGAAACCGGAGCGUAAUCUCCGCAUCCUCAUCAUCCUCAUCCUCAGUAGCGCGCAGGCAGCGCAGCAUCCAUGUUGGUUCGGUUGCUGGCCUGAUCUGGAUGCGGAUCGUCUGCGGUCUUUGGGACUGACGCGGCCCCGGCAGCCCCCGGAACCCGCAGGGGAAGCGUGCACUCACCUUUCAGUCGGUCGAUGUGACGAAGGCGAGACGGUUCCGGGCGGGUUCUGGGCGAGGACGGCGGUGUCACUGAAGCAGCAUCCCGGAGUCGGACCACUACACAACCAUGGACAGCUGCAGCAGCGUCGGAUCCGCCCCCAUCCAACCCGCGACGUGCGCGUUCGCGACAGCAAUGCGUUGGUGGGGGAGGGGACAGAGGCGCGUGCGCGUCGGCAUUCAUGCGCGUGGUCAGGUGAGAUCACGUGACGAGAGGAAAGCGGGACACUUCAUCGCUGAACUCGAAAACUGCCACAUCAUGAGAUUGAUGCGCGCCUAUGAUGUCAUAGCGAAUGGAGCGUCAGUGUCCUGAUCGCUCGCUACAUUUGUUUACUGUAUAUCUACGUGUCUCACUCAAAACUAACGAGCCCUGUGUCAGGCUGUUUGCUGUGGUGCACCUGUCACAUGACUGACGGAAACGUUCCCUUUUAUUUGGAAUAGGAACAUUCAUGCCAAACUGUAAAAUUUAAAUUCAAUUCAUUGCUGGCGCCUCAUCAUUUUUUUCUACAGCAAAUGACUGCAGUUGAAAGGUUAAGCCACAAGGUGACGCUACUACACAAGAGGACAGCCGUCUGCCCCACGUCAGUAUUCUGACUUGGAGUUUUCGGUUUCUCCCAUGUCCAAGGGAAACACUGAAGAGCCGCUCCCCGUAUGGAGACCGAGAGACUGGAGUCUUCCCUGUGGGUCGGCAGCAAGCGGUACCGGGCGGUGCUGACCGAGUGGCAUCUCAAAUGGACCGAGGUGGACAAGAAGAACCGCGACAAGAAGACCACGAACAUGCAAAGCAGCCCUGCCCUUCCCCAGCCCUGUUUGUCAUGGCAGCUUCUGUGCCCGUCCAAGAGGUGGUGGGGGUGGAGGAGGGACGAGUGGAGGUGCUGCCCCGCAAGACUGUGGAGGAGUCGGACACAGACUUCACAGUGUUUUACGUGAAGCGCAGCAGCAGUGGAGGCUCCUCUGGGUUGUUAUGGCGAUUGGGACGGAUCCAGUUCAGCUGCCCCAGUCGGGUUCUCCGGGACCAGUGGAUAAAACACAUCCGAAGUUCUCUGAGGACCCAUGGAACUUCCCGGCCGCAGAAGCUGCUGAUAUUUAUCAACCCGUUUGGAGGGCGACAGAAGGGCCGAGAGAUCUACCACAGCCGGGUGGCGCCGCUGUUCGAGCUGGCCGGUAUCACCUGUCACGUAAUCGUGACUGACAGGGCGAACCAGGCCCGGGACCACGUCCUGAAGAAAGACCUGACCGGCUUCGACGGAGUGGUGUGUGUCGGCGGCGACGGCAUGUUCAGCGAGCUGCUGCACGGCCUGAUUGGUCGAACACAGGAAGAGGCGGGUCUGAGCGAGGACGACCCCAGCGUGACCUUACAGCAGUGCCCGCUUCACAUCGGCAUCAUCCCCGCAGGAUCCACAGACUGUGUGUGUUUCGCCACAGUGGGCGUGGUUGACCCCGUGACCUCUGCGUUACACAUCAUAAUAGGAGACUCCCAGCCUCUGGACGUCUGCUCGGUGCAUCACGCCUCCGCCCUGGUCCGGUACUCCGUCUCCCUGGUGGGCUACGGCUUCUACGGAGACGUCCUGGCUGAGAGCGAGAAGCACCGCUGGAUGGGACCGCUCCGAUACGACUACUCAGGAACAGUGGUGUAUCUGAGCAACCGGAGCUACGCGGGCGUAGUCCAGUACCUGCCAGCAGACCCGCUGCUCUCCAGCCCAAGGGACAAAACUCGCUGUCUCUCAGGGUGCAGCGUGUGCUCCAGGAGCACCGAGAGGCUGUUCCAAAGCUCCUCAGACUGCAGCUCUCUCUACAGCUCCAACUUCAGCCAGCUCAGUAGCAGCGACCCAGAAGGUGAGUGGGUGAGUGUGGAGGGUCGCUUCAGGUGCGUGUCCCUCACCUGCAUGUCCAGUUCCUGCCCCAAAAGUCCUCUGGGUCUGUCUCCGUCGGCUCACCUGGCAGACGGGACAGGAGACCUGAUCCUGGUGUGGGACACUCACCCAUUGGGCUUCCUCAAGUUCCUCUACAGACACACCAGCACGCAGGACCAGUUCGACCUGCCGUUUGUGGAGGUCCACCGCGUGAAGGCGGCUCGGUUCACUCUCAUCUCGGAGCCUGAGGACGCAGAGGCGGAACCUGUCGCUCACGUCGCGGAUGAAGACGACGCCGUCGGUUCUCAGCAGCGUUUGGAGCAGCACCGAACCGAAGCACAGACGGAGUCCAAAUCCUCGCCACCAUUCCUGUGUGGACUCUGCUGCAGGAAUAGUGCGUCCGCCUCUGUCUGGAACUGCGACGGAGAGAUCCUGCCCUUCAGCAACAUCCUGUGCAGGAUCCACGGGCAGCUGGUGCGUCUGUACGCCCGAGGAAUCGAGGACGAGGCCUCGCUGCAUGGCAGCUGUGAGGGACUUCCCUAGCUCUCCAGACGCAAGACACCGGUGGGACUUUUCUCUUUAUAGAAACUCACAUGUUAUUAGCCGUAAUGUGACAAAAGGUCAAGAAAGGGUUAGACUUAAUUUAUUGAAUGAAUGAAAUGAAUAUAAUCCUGAAAAGCAUUUGCACUCGCAAAUAUGAAACAAAAAAAGUGAAUGUACGUUGUGUUGAAAUGUGCAAUCUGAUGGCCCAAACUGUCGUCAGCGUUACUGUGACGAUGACCAACACUUGAAAUAUAAUAUUGACAAACAUUGUUAUUAUGUGUAUGAAAGGGUCCAAACAAAAUACAAACGUGGGUGUGAAAUAAACGUCGAAGUAUUCGGUGAAAGGAACGUCAAGCCUCUUCUGAAGAGCCUCCGUUUGUCGCGCGUCUGUGUGUGAGGGCCAGUGUGUCGAUUUUCAUCUUUCACGAUGGUGAUGAAUGUCUGACAAGGUUCUCCUUCUUGGUUUCCGAGCAUCCGCGUGAAUUCAGGGACUCGACUGUAUGACACCAGUCACUGCGUCGAUGGUAUCAGGGGCUGGUUCUCGUGAAAUGACCCGAUGCUGUGUUUCAAAUAAAACUCUUUCCAACG